AUGAUUCUGCUUGAAAGGAAACGACAAGUAGGAGAAAGGGAAGAUGAGACAAACAGGCGGGAGGUAUAUGAUUUGUUUGCGAUCUUUAGCCCAGGAAGUGCAUCAUCCAUCAUCCAUCAUCGCCCAGCGGACCCUGCCCUGCCCUGCCCGCUGCCCGCCUUGGAUAAUAAUCAAUUCUUCAGCCCCGCAAUCGCAAGGCAGUUCCAAUAUCAAGCGAAGACAGCACUACACAGCCAGCCUACAGUCAAGAGCCUUGCACGCUUUCGAUGUGCCUUUCGCAUUUCGCUACAGUCCAGCACCACGAAUGCCAAGCUUGCGGGUCUUUGGUUGCCGCCUUCUGAAACACCCGACCAUUGCCACACAGCCGCUCCUGGAGUCACUGUCGCGGUGCGAAUACAGAUUUUUCCAUCUCAGCCCAGCCCUCCCUGUUUCGCUGCAGAGCCGACCGUGGCCUUGGCUACGCAUGUCUGUGCCUCCACGCUCGGUCGUGAACAUCUAGUAGUCACCACCAGUCAGAGCGACAGCCUUGGGAGUGGCGAGAAAUGCCUGUUUUGA